GCUGCUGACUCCGCUAACCCCGCUCCCCCGUCCCCUCAUCUGACCCGUCUGGCGGCCGGGGGAGGGUGAGAGGACUGCAAUAUAACCAGCCCCUGAGGAUCCUCGUUUGGAAAGCGGCGAUUCCCGUCCUUGUCCCAGGGCUCUGGGGCCUGCCGCCGAGAUCUGAGAUCCCCUGAACGCUCUUUAAUGGACAUAACUCACCAGUCUCGUCGCUGCCAACGAUUCCUAGACGAAGAACCCCGAGGUGUCUUGGAAGAAACGGAAAAAAAAUAUAUUUUAAAGCCCUGGUCUGCUUCCUUCCUCUUCCCUCCCAAGCACGUAAUUUGGCUAUCGGAGCAGAGACUUUUUGGACAUCACCUUGUCAGGUGCUGAUCCCACGGCAUAAUGGCUUUCUGCUUGUCUGGGUUUCGAAGCUUCCCAAAGCUUUGGAAGAACAAUUUGUCCCUUGGGUCAGGUCCAGCAAACUCUCUCUUUUGUGCGGGCCAUUGUGCCUUCAGGAGCCAACAGAGGUGGUUGUGCCUUACCACGGUGUCUCCACAAAAUACCAACGCAACGAAUUUGCUGAUUGCCAAGACCAGGUAUGGCAGGAAGAAAGAUGAGGGGAAUAAUAAGCAAGCUGCUUCUGAUUCUCAUCUCUUUGCAGCUGGGGCAGCCAAGAAGCGAUCACAGAUGAAUCCUUCGAAUAAAGAUCCUAUCCCACCAUCUCAGAGGAACUCCAUGCAACUCCCAACAAAACCUUUGACUUCCGAAGAGUGGGAAAAACUUAAGGAGGAUUACAAAGGAAGGGCCAAUUUUGAGACUUGGAUCAGCGCACAGUUAACUCACCAGCGUAGCUCUGUAAAUGUGGCCAAAUCUCUGCUGGCCUGGGCAGCUGCAAAAAACAAUGGUAUUGUAAGCUAUGACUUACUGGUCAAAUAUUUGUAUCUCUGUAUUUUUCAUGAGCAAACAUCAGAAAUCAUUGACGUCUAUGAAAUCAUGAAAGCCAGAUACAAGAUUUUAGAACAAGGGGGUUACACGCUCCUCAUCCGGGGUUUAAUCCUUGCAGAUAGAUGGAGAGAGGCCUUGCUGCUGUUAGAAGAUGUCAAAAAAGUCAUGGUUCCUUCAAAAAAGAAUUAUGAUGACUGUAUCCGGGGAGCUUUCCUUCAUCAAGAUGUAAACACAGCUUGGAAGCUGUAUCAGGAAUUGCUAGGUUAUAAUCUCAUUCCUAUGUUGGAAACCUUAAAAGCUUUCUUUGAUUUUGGAAAAGAUAUAAAGGACGAUCAGUAUGCAAACAAACUACAAGACAUCCUUUUGUAUCUUCGAAAUAAUCAGUGUUACCCAGGGGAAUCAUUUGCGCAUAGUAUAAAAACAUGGUUUGAGAGCAUACCCGGAGAACAAUGGAAAGGACAAUUCACUACGAUCCAGAAAAGUGGUCAAUGUUUGAGCUGUGGGAAAAUGUUAGAGUCUAUUUACCUGACUCCAGAAGAAUAUGAAUUUCUCAAGGAAAAUAUCAUGAGAAAUGUGAUAGAUGGAGGUGACCAAUACAAAAAGACCACCCCGAAGGAACUGACGAGAUUUCAAAACUUUGUAAAGAACUGUGCUCCUUUUGACAUUGUCAUUGAUGGACUCAAUGUUGCCAAAAUGUUUCCCAGAGCUCGCGAAUCUCAAUUUCUCCUGGAUGUGGUAACUCAUCUGGCCAACCAGAAUCUGCGCCUGCUGGUCCUGGGCCGGAAGCACAUGCUAACGCCGGGUUCCCGGUGGAAAAAGGAUGAGAUGGAAAAGGUGCAAAGGCAAGCAAGCUGUUUCUUUGCGGACAACAUCUCAAAGGAUGAUCCGUUCCUUCUGUACGCCACCCUGCACUCGGGGAACCACUGCAAGUUCAUCACCAAAGACCUGAUGCGGGACCACAAAGCUUGUCUGCCCGAUGCCAAGACCCAGCGCCUGUUCUUUAAAUGGCAGCAAGGACAUCAGCUGGCGAUUAUUAGCAGAUUUCCAGGAUCAAAGAUCACUUUUCAGCAUGUCCUCAGAUACGACACGGUGGUGCAAACAACGGGGGACUCCUGGCAUAUUCCGUAUGAUGAAGACCAGGUGGAAAGAUACUCCUAUGAAGUGCCGAACAAAUGGCUUUGCCUUCACCGAAAGACAUAACGGACUGUGCUGAGCCCGUGGCGGAGUGUCCCCUGGGGCGACAGCAGAGCUCUUAGGUUAAUGCUUAUUUGGGGUGUUACCUGUGUCCCGAAGACACAAAGAUUCCAUUAAUACUGUUUGUUUCGGUUGGUCUGCAUGCUAACAGCUGAUUUUUCAAUUAAAUGUGAUAUAAGUUCUUUUCAUAA